AGCGACCGCUUCGCCACUGUGUACAUGAGUUCGGCCGGCGCCCUCGCUGCCGACGCGACGGAGGCGGCGAGGCUCGAUUGGUGCAGGCUCGCGGCGGCCGCUCCCGCGGACGGCGCCGCAGGCCGUGAAGAGCGGCUCGAGCAGAUGCGUGUCCUCUCGCACCAAGACCCGUCCGAGGCGGUGCGGCACGCGGCGCAGCAGGCCCACAUCGCUCUCGCGAGCCUGCAGGCGCACAUCCCUGCAUGGGGCUCGCCACCCGGCAGCAGCGCAUCUCCCGGCUACGGCGGCCAAGCCCGCGCAGCGGCCGACUGCUCGCCCUGCGCGGUCGGCCGGCAGGGCGGAGGGCCGGGCCGCGGCGCUGUCGACGCCUUCGCUCUCCGCGGGCGCCGCGGCGCGCUCGACCUGCUCCAGGGCGACGCCGUCGGCAACAACCCCCGCCUCUCCGGCUCUGGCGCAGGCUACCAUCAAGAGUUUGAUGUGCCGCAGGAUGCGACGGCCCUCACGCCGCCAGCGCCGGCACCGGCCGCAGCACUGGCACCGGCCGCAGCUCUGAAUGCGGCACCGCCUUCCUCUCCGAUGGCGGCGGAGGCGGAGUGACGCACUACGACCAGGCGGGCGGGCACGCGACCAUCGAGUCGCUCUUUGCCAAGCCGCCGCCGCCAAAGAGCGAGGAGGCGCCGCUCAACGCCGAGCAGCAGCGAGCCCUCGACGCGGCGCUGCGAGGGCAGUCCAUCUUUCUGACGGGCGGCGCCGGCGUGGGCAAGUCCUUCACGCUGCACCGGGUGGUGGCUCAGCUGCGCGAGGCCAAGGGCAACGAGGCCGUGUGUGUCUGCGCGUCGACAGGCAUCGCCGCCUGCCACAUCGGAGGGACGACGCUGCACUCUUUCGCGGGGGUCGGCCUCGGCAAGGAGUCGGCCUCCAACCUCGCCGGCCGCGUGCUCGCCAACAAGGCGGCCCAGCGGCGGUGGGAGAGCUGCGAGGUCCUCGUGAUCGACGAGGUGUCGAUGAUCGACGGCAACUUCUUCGACAAGCUGGAGGCGAUCGCGCGCGAGGUCUUCGCGUCCUCGCGGCGGCGCGACGUCCUCGCGCGGGCCGACCGCCCGUUUGGCGGCAUCCAGCUGGUCCUGUGCGGGGACUUCUUCCAGCUGCCUCCAGUCGGGAUGAGCUCGGGCAACGAGCGCUUCCUCUUCGAGGCGCGCUGCUUCGAGCGGGUGCUCGACCAAGUGGUUGUGCUGACGGAGGUCUUCCGCCAAAAGGACAACUCCUUCGUGACGCUGCUCAACGAGAUGCGGCGUGGAAACCUCUCGCCCUUCCACACGGCGCUGCUCACGCGCCUCGCGCACAACUCGCGCUGCCGCCCGCCGCACCAGCCGCGCCACCCGCAGCAGCGGCAGGCAUCGCCGCUGCCACCGCAGCAGCAGCAGCAGCAGCAGCAGCAGCAGCAGCAGCAGCAGCAGCAGCAGCAGCAGCAGCAGCAGCAGCAGCAGCAGCAGCAGCAGCAGCAGCAGCAGCAGCAGCAGUCGAAGCCUCCGUCACAGCAGCCAUCGCCGCCUCCGUCGCAGCAGCCGUCGCCGCAGCGGCCGCAGCCGCGCCCGUCGCCGUCGCAGCUGUCGCAUCCGCAGGGCGCCGAGACGCACUCGCCCGCCACCGAGCCAACCCCCGUCAACGGAGGAGGCGUCGGAGGCGUCGGAGGCGGCGGCGGCGGCGUUGGCGGUGGCGGCGCUGGCGGUGGCGGCGCUGGCGGCGGCGUGUGCGCGCCCGCAGCGAGUGGGUCGCCCCACCCACCCGCCGCUCCACCCGCCGCUCCACCCGCCGCUCCACCCGCCGCUCCACCCGCCGCUCCACCCGCCGCUCCACCCGCCGCUCCACCCGCCGCUCCACCCGCCGCCGAGACGGCCGUGCGGGGCGUCAGUGCAGGCGCCUCUGGCCACAGCCCGCACGGCGACGCCGCGGCACUCGCCGCGGGGACAUGGACGCGUCACGGGCCUGUGCAAGGGGCGUCCCAAGGAGCUGCCCCCGCCGCGUCGGCCGAGGCCGAGCCGCAGCCGACCCGUCUCUUCGCCCUCAACGAGCAGGCGGACGCCGAGAACGCGCGGCAGCUCGCUGCCCUCGGAGCGGCGGCCGGCCGCACGUACACGUACGUGGCCAACGACACGGGCCGGCCGGCGCAGCUCAAGCAGCUCAGGGACGGGUGCAUCGUCCCCACCGACCUCGAGCUGAAGCCCGGCGCCCUCGUCAUGCUCUGCAAGAACAUCGACCAGGCCAAGCGGCUCGUCAACGGCUCGCGCGGCCGCAUCGUCGGCUUCCAGCCGGCGCGGGUCCAGCCAAACUCCGACGUCGCCGCGGCGCCGCUCGAGGCCCUCUCCGCCGCGCCGUCGGUAGAGUUCGAGGAGGCGGCGCCG